UUAAAAGAAAUGCCAAAAGCAUGUCUCAACAAAAUUUGAAGGCAAUUUCCGGCUGGGAGACCCAAUUUGAAUCGAAGGCAAAAUUGAGGAGAGGUUGUAAUCGGCGACGAAGAGAGUGACGAGAAGGUGAGGGACGGGUUUCUGUUCUCCUUCAUGAUCCAAUCUUGGGUUCAAUGUGGUGCUUAGUGAUGAACAAUAUUUUGUCUCUGGGAAGAUGCAUGGAUUCUCCACUGUCGAUGGUUUUGUGGAGAUAAGCAACUGCUUGGCAGAGAUGAUCAAAUACGUGGCUAAUGAACCGUCUGCUGGUCUUUUCUUUAUCCAACAGCACACACAAAAUGCAGUGCCUAGUGUCAUCAAACUUCAGAACAAGGUCACUGACAAGUCCCAUGAUACAACUUUGCACACAGAAGAUUUGGAGGACUCCGUCACAAUGGUGAAAUCUAUGAAAGAAUGUGGAUUCCCCAUAGCUGAUGAGAUGAUCGGAGACAUUAAAAAAUCCCUUGUAACAAUAACAAGUAAGCGAUCGAAAGGAGCACCAAUCCACCGGUCAAUCUCAAAAUUUCCAAGAGAGAGAGCUAACUCUGCAGAUUAUGCCCAGGAGGAAAGUGAAAUAAGGGGUAACUAUUUUUCAAGUGUUUUCCAGUUUUCAAAACAGAAGACUAACAGUCUCAAGUGGCCACAGCUUGAUUCUACCGCAUCCGAAAAUUCCAAAGCUGAGAAGCCACGGCUAUACCAUAGCAUGUCAUUGCCAGAUAUUUCUGCAAAUACUACUUCACCUUCACAAACUGACAAGAAGACCCUACCAAGCCAUAUUGAAGAUGAAUCUCAACCUGAACUAAGUGAUAUUGGAGAUAAAUUAUUUUCACUAUCAGAAAAAUUUGAUGACUUUAAAGCUAGUAAACAAGCUAAGUUGGAGGAGUGGCUUGAAGGAACUACCAGCGGUGGGGAGAAUUGCCUACCAGAUGAUGAGAAAAGGCUUUGAAAAAAUGAAAAUUUUCAAAUAUUUGAGAAAAUUUUAUAGGAAUUGUUUUUAUGCAUCUUUUUAUUUGAGAAAAAGCUUCAUGCUGUAUAUAAUUUGUGUAAUAUCUGAUAAUUCUUUGAGUAGCUAGUAUAACGUAAUAAAAAAAAAUUGUAAUGCAGCCAAAUAUACUUUGAACAA